AUGAACAUGAUGUAUAUAUUGAUACUUGUGUGUAUUCCUUAUGUUGUCUUAAGUUUACCAUGCCUUACUACUGGAUCCAAAAAAGAUUUUGACAAUUCAAGGAAAGCUCUCACUGCGUUAAAAUCCUAUCUUGAUACAACUGUUAAUACUUUGGAAACCGAUGUACAGAAAACAGUAGCUACGUUAAAAAGUCAUAUAAAGAAUGUUGAUGGAAAGAUUAAAACUCUAGACAACGACUUACAACUAUUAGAAAGUGAUUUUAAGACAAGACAGUGGCAGAAAUACAAUGGGCAUUGCUAUUAUUUCGGAACAGACAACCUCGACUGGUUUACAUCAGAGCGGAAAUGCAGAGAAAUUGGUGGAUAUCUCGUAAAAAUUGACGAUAGUUCAGAAAACAGCUGGGUAAUAUCAAAAAGGCCUAAAAAAAAUAAAUUUUACUGGAUAGGACUGACAGAUCUUAAAGAAGGCCAGUUUCGCUGGAGUUAUGACCAGUCCCUCAUGACCUUCAAGUUCUGGUAUCCAUCAGGUGGUUGGGGAUCUAAAGGUCAAGGCUACGAUUGUGUUAUUUUACACAACGAUUCAACUGCUAACUGGUUGGACUACACUUGUACUCUUAAACAUUCCUAUAUAUGCGAGAGUAAUUUUUGUUUCUAG